AUGAAGUCAUUGUCGGUCAUAAAUUUAAAUUGGAACGAUCUUACGGGUCCUCUACCUAAAAUCUUUCAUGAUAGAGAAAAGAAUGGGCUAAAGCUUACGGUCCAAGGAAAUCCAAAGCUUUGUGAUGAUGCCUUAUGCAAAAAUAACAAUCAAAAGUACGUUUUACCAGUUGUUGCAUCAGCUGCGUCCGUAGUCAUCAUUGUAGCUGUGUUGAUUGUCAUUCUUGUUUUCAAAAAGAAAAAGCCAACUGAAGUUCAGCGCGAGUUACCAACUAGGGAGUCCAUAGUUACGCAGACAAAAAGGUUCACAUAUUCAGAGGUGGCAACACUGACAGACAACUUUGAAAGAGUUCUUGGAGAAGGAGGUUUCGGAGUAGUGUAUCAUGGUUCUUUUAAUGGUGCACAACCAAUAGCUGUUAAACUACUCUCUCAAUCAUCAGUACAAGGCUAUAAGGAAUUUAAGGCAGAGGUUGAACUCCUUCUGAGAGUUCACCACGUAAAUUUGGUAAGUUUGGUUGGAUAUUGUGAUGAAGAAGGCCACUUGGCCCUCCUUUAUGAGUAUGCACCCAAUGGGGAUUUAAAACAGCAUCUCUCAGGAGAACGUGGUGGCUCCCCCUUGAAGUGGUCAAGUAGAGUUAAUAUUGCCAUCGAGACUGCACAAGGAUUGGAAUACUUGCAUACGGGUUGCAAGCCUCCAAUGGUACAUCGUGAUGUAAAAACAACAAAUAUACUAUUGGAUGAGCAUUUCCAAGCCAAACUAGCAGAUUUUGGGCUUUCAAGAUCUUUUCCAUCUGGAGGUGAAACUCAUGUGUCAACAGCUGUUGCUGGCACUCCUGGAUAUCUUGAUCCCGAAUAUUAUCGAACAAAUCGGCUGAACGAGAAGAGUGAUGUCUACAGCUUUGGAAUUGUAUUAUUGGAAAUGGUCACAAAUCGACCUGUAAUUCAGCAAAACCGGGAAAGGCAACACAUAGCAGCAUGGGUGGGACACAUGCUUACCAAGGGAGAUAUUGAAAACAUUGUUGAUCCGAGACUCGGUAAGGAUUAUGAGCCUACUUCCGUCUGGAAGGCUCUUGAGAUAGCAAUGUCGUGUGUGAAUCCUUCUUCAGAGAAAAGACCAAACAUGUCUCAAGUUAUUAACGAACUGAAGGACUGUUUGACAUUAUGCAACUCAACUCAAGUAGGGAUAGGAGACAUGGGCUCGAAGAGUUCCGCUGAAUUCAGCACUCGCUUUUCCGCUGAAGUUUCCCCUAACGCACGGUAA